CUGUUCGUCUAGUGGAUGGUAAGACUCCUAAACAGGGACGUGUAGAAGUAAGAUACAAAGGUACUUGGGGUACCAUAUGCAAUGAUGAAUGGGGCAUAUGGGAUGCUUACGUGGUGUGUCACAUGUUGAAUUACUCCAAGGCAGUUACAGGAACGACUGCUAGCGUCAAAGGAAAUGGUCCUAUAUGGCUUAAAAGGCUUUAUUGCACCGGAUCCCAAGAAUCUAUUGAUCAGUGUUAUCAUGCUGGCUGGGGUAACACUGAUGGAUGUCAUCACAGCCGUGAUGCUGGAGUGGUAUGUGGCAAUGCAAUUAACGUCAAUGUUCGUCUAGUGGAUGGUAAGACUACUAACGGGGGACGUGUAGAAGUAAGAUACAAAGGUACUUGGGGAACCAUAUGCAAUGAACGAUGGGGUAUAUUGGAUGCUUACGUGGUGUGUCACAUGUUGAAUUACUCCAAGGCAGUUACAGCCACAACUGCUAGCGUCAAAGGAACUGGUCAAAUAUGGCUUAAAAGGCUUUAUUGCUGGGGAUCCGAAGAAUCUAUCGAUCAGUGUCUUCAUGCUGGCUGGGGUAACACCGGUGGAUGUGAUCACAGCCAUGAUGCUGGAGUGGUAUGUGGCAAUCUAACACCAGAGGAGAAAGCGAUCAAAGUUCGUCUGGUGGGAGAUCAAAAGUAUACUGGUAAAGUAGAAAUCCUGUAUCAAGGGACCUGGGGAGUAGUNCAAGCAAAAGAUCUUCUGUCUGUUCGUCUAGUGGAUGGUAAGACUCCUAAACAGGGACGUGUACAAGUAAGAUACAAAGGUACUUGGGGAACCAUAUGCAAUGAUGAAUGGGGCAUAUACGAUGCUUACGUGGUUUGCCACAUAUUGAAUUACUCCAAGGCAGUUACAGCAACUACUUCUAGCGUCAAAGGGACUGGUCCUAUAUGGCUUAUAGGGCUUCGUUGCUUGGGAUCCGAAGAAUCUAUUGAUCAGUGUCGUCAUGGUGGCUGGGGUAACACCGGUGGAUGUGAUCACAGCCGUGAUGCAGGAGUGGUAUGUGGCAAUCUAACACCAGAGGAGAAAGCGAUAAAAGUUCGUCUGGUGGGAGAUCAAAACCAUACUGGUAAAGUAGAAAUCCAGUAUCAAGGGACCUGGGGAGUAGUCUGUGAUACUUCGUGGGAUAUACGAGAUGCUCAGGUGAUCUGCAGAAUGCUUGGUUACAAAGCAGCUGAAAACGCCAUUCGGUACAUUGAAGGAGAGACACCAAGAAGAAUACUCAUGUAUGAUGUGGGAUGCAGAGGUAGAGAAAAGUCGAUAGCAGACUGUGCUCACUCAGGAUGGUGGAAGUAUUCCUGCUCGAAUAACCUUCUAGCUGGUGUGGUUUGUCAGACAAAUGAAGAUCCUCCACCAGUUCAAGUUUGUUUAGCUGGAGGAAGGUCAGUCAAUUCUGGUCGACUUGAAGUCAGGUACCAUGGUCAGUGGGGUACUGUAUGUGAUGAUGGAUGGGACAUGAAAGACGCUGAGGUGGUGUGUCGUAUGCUUGGUUACUCUGGAGUACAGGAAUACAUAACCACCAAAUUUACACUCGUCAAGGGUAUAAUAUGGCUGAAAUACGUUGAUUGUACAGGAAGAGAAACGUCGAUUGCAGACUGUAGUCGCGGUGAAUGGGGUAAUGUGUACUGUUACCAUGAUGAAGACGUUGGCGUGACGUGUAUAGUGGGAAAGGCACUUUAUUUUUCACGAUUAGAGGGGGGNGGAUGGUGGAAGUAUUAUUGUUCGAAUAAACAACUUGCUGGUGUGGUUUGUCAGACAAAUGAAGAUCCUCCACCAGUUCAAGUUCGUUUAGCUGGCGGAAGGUCAGUCAAUUCUGGUCGACUUGAAGUCAGGUACCAUGGUCAGUGGGGUACUGUAUGUGAUGAUGGAUGGGACAUGAAAGACGCUGAGGUGGUGUGUGGUAUGCUUGGUUGUGUUCGUCUAGUGGAUGGCAAGACUCCUAACGAGGGACACGUAGAAGAAAGAUAUAAAGGCACUUGGGGUACCAUAUGCAAUGAUAUACAAUGGGACAUAUCCGAUGCUUAUGUGGUAUGUCACAUGUUGAAUUACUCCAAGGCAGUUACAGCAACAACUGCUAGCGUCAAAGGAACUGGUCCUAUAUGGCUUACAGGACUUGAUUGCGGGGGAUCCCAAAAAUCUAUUGAUCAGUGUCCUCAAGUUGGCUGGGGUAACACUGAUGGAUGUGAUCACAGUCGUGAUGCUGGAGUGGUAUGUGGCAAUGCAAUAAACGUCAAUGUUCGUCUAGUGGAUGGUAAGACUCCUAACGAGGGAAGUGUAGAAGUAAGAUACAAAGGUACUUGGGGUACCAUAUGCAAUGAAGACUGGAACAUAUGGGAUGCUUACGUGGUGUGUCACAAGUUGAACUACUCCAAGGCAGUUACAGCAACAACUGCUAGCGUCAAAGGAACUGGUUCUAUAUGGCUUAAAGGGCUUCGUUGCUUGGGAUACGAAGAAACUGUUGACAAGUGUCGUCAUGCUGGCUGGGGUAACACUGGUGGAUGCGAUCACAGUCGUGAUGCUGGAGUGGUAUGUGGCAAUCUAACACCAGAGGAGAAAGCGAUCAAAGUUCGUCUGGUGGGAGAUCAAAACUAUACUGGCAAAGUAGAAAUCAAGUAUCAAGGGACUUGGGGAGUAGUCUGUGAUAUUUCGUGGGAUAUACGAGAUGCUCACGUGAUCUGCCGAAUGCUUGGUUACAAAGCAGCUAAACAUGCCAUUCGGUUCAUUGAAGGAGAGACACCAAGAAGAAUGCUUAUGUCAUAUGUGGGAUGCAGUGGUAGAGAAAAGUCGAUAGCAGAGUGUUAUCACCCAGGAUGGUGGGUUGUCCCUUCAUAUUGCUCGAAUAAAGUUCUUGCUGGUGUGGUUUGUGGUUUGUCAGACAAAUGAAGAUCCUCCACUAGCUCAUGUUCGUUUAGCUGGAGGAAAGUCAGUCAAUUCUGGUCGACUUGAAGUCAGG